CACUGCCUCUUGUGGACUGGAAGUUUACUGAGUGUAUCAUUUAUCUUGGGUGAAUGGGUUUUAGCAUGCACCUUUUCCCCUGUUGGUCAUGCUCUUCAAGUGUUGUUGGGAUCUUUUAUUUGGUCAAAUAUUGAUUCUGUUCUCCUCAUCAUGCAUUAGAGAUCUGUAAACUUAAUUAUUUAUUUCCGAUAUCUUGGAGGAAGUUGUGUAGGUUGUGAAUAAUUUAGUUCCUCCACUUCUUUGCUAGUUUUUGUUUCUUUGAGGACCAAAGAAAUCAUUUGGCUGUACUUUCAGAUCCCUGAAUUUAGUCAUACUUGAAUUCUAUCAUUUUUAGUUUUCUAUUUUGUAUUGCAAUGGUCAAUAACUUGGUGAAGGACAUUUUUGGGCUAAACAAGGUUUUGCUAUAGAACAUGCCACGUGAGCACUAAAUGUGGCAGCAGAGUUGGGGAUGUAAAGAUGGAUCCAUGGUAGGUCUAGAAAUAAGGUUAAAAUAUGCUAUUUGAUGCAUGCUAAACUUGCAAGAUCAGAGUUAUGGUGGAGGUCCUUUUUCACAAAAAGAGAUAAAGUAAGAGUGCCAUUAUUUUAAAACAAUUCCUUGUUAAAACAUACAUCCAUAAUUCAGAGUAUGUGUAAUAUAGCUGAGUGUAUGUAAUGAACCAUUUUAAAACAACUCCUCUUUAAGAUCACAACCAUCUGUCUAUUUCUCCCCUUGUCUGUCCGGUUAAAGUCUGGCUACCAUCCCAUGUGAUGACAGAAAGGGGAAAGGAAGGAGCAGUAGGCAACGACCUACUGCCUACAGAGGAACUGGGUUUUCUGGACGAAUGUCAUUAUGUGUUUUAUCACCUCUGACUCCAUCUUUGUGAAUAUAUCUACUUAUGUGUUUGGUUAUUUAUAUAACCAAAUUUGUGCAACUUUUCUUUUUUUUAAAAAAAAUCAUAUGACUAUCUUUUGUUCCUUAAUACACACUUUUGUAUGUAUAAUGUGUUCUGCUAGAUACUAGUUGAUGCUAGAUCAUAUUUUGUUGCUUGGAAGCUAUGGAAUAUGGAUACUUUAAAUCAUUCGAUGAAAAAAUUAUUAUAUGAGUGAAACUUAAGCAAUCAAACUAGAGAUUUGAUUGGAUAAAUUAUGUAGUUAACAACCUUAUUUUUUAUCAGUAUGAUGCUUUCUAGUGUUUUCUGCAAAUUACAUACAUAUGUACAUACAUGAAUACUUGCAUGCAAGCAUGCAUAUGUAUGCACGUAAAUAUGUUACAAAUCAUUUGAUCAUACAGCGCUAGAUACAUGCUUGCUUGGCUGUCUAGGCAUUCCACCCAAGGUAUGCCGAAUCGACCUGAAUUGGACGCUUCGGCCCGUAUCGAACUGAACCAACACUGACCCGAAACGGUAGGAUGGGCUAGUUUGCCAAGUUCUACUUGUGACCCAUAAUCAAACCCGUUUAACAUAGCUUUGAGGCCUUCUUUCUUUUCAGUCAUGCACUUACAUCAGAAGUCCCAACAUAUGAAGGAAAUGGAACUGCAAAGUAGAGAAGCUGUUUUUGUUUUUAAACAUCCAUUCCAUUAAUUUCUUCACAUUCAUCACAUGCCAGACACUAGUAUUACAAAGAUAGGAAAUGUUUUGUGUUGUAUGAGAAGCUUUUCAAACUUUUGACCUGAUGACUUGAAAUUGCUUAUUAGCAUAUCUUUGCGAAUAAGUUUUGCGAGGUUCUGGUGUUUUCUUAGUUGUGGGGAGUUGAAGCAGAAGUUUCAUGGGUGGAAUGUGUUAGUCUACACUGACAUAGGACAAGAAUAGGGAGAAAAGCAGCACAUAUGAUCUCAUCUGAAAAUGACUUCCAACAUGAUUGUUCUGGAUAUGAUGCCAUUUGGAAUAAUUGUUCCGCCUGUAUAAUUUUACUGCUCAGGUGACAGUAUUAUUAUUAUGUUUCUAAAUGUUAAUGUUAAGUUCAAAUUUUCAAAGUUCAACAGCUGAAUAAUUUAGAAAAUUCAAUGCAGGAAGGUCCUUGAAUGUAAUUUCUUAUCAGUUCGUGUUAAAUAGACCACAAGCCUGUGUUUGAGUUUCAUUAAGUGGAUGCAUUUUUAGCUUAUUCUAUUUUUAGGAUUUGCAAGUGAAGUCAUCUCCAGUUCUUACAAAGCCUCAGGCACACAAUGAUCCAGCUAUUAUUCAGCUUACACAAUCUCGACCAACAGCAUCCUCCUCUAACCAGAGACUGAUCCCUGAGCGAGAAGACAUGGCAGCUGUAUUGUCACCAUCAUCAAACCCACCAUCGUCUGUUAGUUCACUGCCUCAGGAACCAUUGUUGCCAUUACGAUUGCUUUCCCAACAGGGUCAGGGUAGGGUGGCUCAGUUCACCGAAGAAUUUGAUUUUACGGCCAUGAAUGAGAAGUUUAACAAAGAUGAAGCUUGGGGGUCGCAUGGCAAGGUAAAACUAAGAAGGACAAAAGGAAAUGGAAUGGAAGAAAAUCCAAUUCACGAUAAUGUGGAGGUUGAAGAGGGUUAUGGACAAGAUCCCAAGCUUGGCCACAAACCUGUAUAUAAUAAAGAUGACUUCUUUGACAAUCUUUCUUGCAACUCACUUAACCGAGGAUCAUGGAGUGGCCGUAUGAAGUUCUCUGAGCGAAUGAAAUUAGAUACAGAGACUUUUGGUGAGUUCCAGCAGGGGACUCCUUUGGGUCGUGGCAACCAUGGGCCUGCUCAUCCUGGUAACUUCAGGGGAUCAGACAACCGAGGAAGAGGUUAUGGAUAUUAUGGUGGGAGGGGGCAUGGGGGUUACAGGCUUGUCUAGGAGCUUUUGUAUGUUCAAUUUCCCUAGGAUUUGUGCUUUUGCUAGUGUACUCAUAUCAGUCCUGCUAUUCGACCCUCUUCGUCUGUGGCGGAUGUCAAAGCCUCUUUCCUGCCCGCAUCAAGUCAUAGCCUCAUAGGCUUCCCUCUUUGUAUUUAGGAGGCAUACCAUGACUCUCCUUACGUGGUUUCAAGUUACUUGAAAUAGAGAACUGUCAAUGUACUUACAACGUGUGCAUCUUUCAAUUGGUGAGAAAAGUUGAUCAAUGAACUUUUAUAUGUUAUAUGAACGACUUGUUAAUUAUGGUUAUUAUUGAUGCUUAGCCU